GUGCAGACAGGAUUAGUUGAUUGAAGAGCAGACUCAGUGCUGGAUUGUUCCUGCUGAAGACAGCCACUGUUCCCCACCGUACCUUCACGUGAUCAUCUGUUGCUGUCUCCUCCAAUCAAGUUUCUCCAGUGGUGUCUUCUGCCAUUACCAUCCCCAUCUGAAUCCAGGGGAGCAAUCAAAUUAAUUAAACUGUAAUACUUGCGCAUGUAAAUAGUGGGUUCAAAACACCAUGUCCCCCCUAUUUGCAUCCGCAAAUAUGUAUUAGUCAGAGCUCAUGCUGCAUGUGUGCCCGGGGCCGAAACUUACUUCAAAUUGCUGUUCGUUUUUGGAAGUGUCCGGGGACGAGACUCCUUUCUGCUAAUUGUUUUUUGGGGGUAACUAAUGGGACUCUAACACUCUGGGACCUGUAUGUGUCCAGCCUGCCCUCACUGCACCAGGCAGCUGUGUCCUGGACUUACCUGGAGUCCCUCCUUGCGCUUCUUUUUCUGUCAGUGACUAACAAUGACUUCUAAAAAAGGAGCAAAGAAAAAACGCCCCUCUGCAGCCGAGCCCGAUGAGGACUCUACCGAGCAGGUAGUAUUUGGGCUGAUGAGCGAACUGCUCAGCAGAGGAAUAGAAAACGGGGCGUACCAAUGGUGCUUACGGAAGAAUGCAGAUCCGAAGAGAACGGUCAUUGUGGCAUUUGUCCCAGCAGACAUGCCUGAUGGGGUGAUAUGCGCUGUCAUGGCUAGAGCGUUGAAUCGGGGACUGGUGAGAAUUGUGGACUCUACAAAAUCUGAUACAAUGUAUUACCAGACGCUGCUCAUAGAGGCAGAAGGGCUAAUCGGGGCAAAUUCCUGCCCAACACUCAUUAGCUGCGAGGACUGCCCAUUAAGGUACUGGAUCAUGGUGUCACCUGUCGAAGAUGAUGACAUAGAGUUUACAGAUUCUUUGGGAGAGUUCUAUCCAAAUGAUUCUCCCACUACAAAAAGUUCUCUGACUGCUUCUAAGGACAUUCCUUCCUCUGCCAAGGGAACGCCUGCUGCCAAGGACCCUCGCUCUGCUAUGGGCAUGCCCGCUGCCAAGGACCCUCCCUCUGCUAUGGGCAUGCCUGCUGCCAAGGACCCUCCCUCUGCCAAGGGCACGCCGGCCGCCAAGGACCCUCCCUCUGCCAAGGGCACGUUGGCCGCCAAGGACCCUCCCUCUGCCAAGGGCACGCCGGCCGCCAAGGACCCUCCCUCUGCCAAGGGCACGCCGGCCGCCAAGGACCCUCCCUCUGCCAAGGGCACGCCGGCCGCCAAGGACCCUCCCUCUGCCAAGGGCACGCCGGCCGCCAAGGACCCUCCCUCUGCCAAGGAACCUCCCUCUGCCAAAGGCACGCCUGCCGCCAAGGACCCUCCCUCUGCCAAGGGCACGCCGGCCCCCAAGGACCCUCCCUCUGCCAAGGGCACGCCGGCCGCCAAGGACCCUCCCUCUGCCAAGGGCCCGCCGGUCACCAAGGACCCUCCCUCUGCCAAGGGCACGCCGGUCACCAAGGACCCUCCCUCUGCCAAGGGCACGCCGGUCACCAAGGACCCUCCCUCUGCCAAGGGCACGCCUGCCGCCAAGGAACCUCCCUCUGCCAAGGAACCUCCCUCUGCCAAAGGCACGCCUGUCGCCAAGGACCCUCUCUCUGCCAAAGGCACACCUGCCGCCGAGGACCCUCUCUCUGCCAAGGGCACGCCGGCAGCCAAGGGCACGCCUGCCACCAAGGACACUCCCUCUGUCAAAGGCACGCCUGCUGCCAAGGACCCUCCCUCUGCCAAAGGUACGCCUGCCUCCAAGGACCCUCCCUCUGCCAAGGGCACGCCUGCCGCCAAGGACCCUCGAUCUGCCAAGAGCACGCCUGCAACCAAGAACCAUCCCUCUGCCAAAGGCACUUCUGACGCCAAGGACCCUCCCUCUGCCAAGGGCACCCCUGUUGCCAAGGGCAUGCCUGCUGCCAAGGACCCUCCCUCUGCCAGGGUCAUGCCUGCUGCCAAGGAUCCUGCAAGCAAGGACCCUCCCUCUGCCAAGAACACGCCUGCCACCAAGAACCCACCCUCUGCCAAGGGCACACAUGCCACCAAGAACUUUACUUCCUCAAAGUGCACACCUGCAGCUAAAAACUCUCCCUAUACAAGGAAGAAUGAUCCUCCUCCUAAGGUACCGCCAAUCGAUAAUGGCAAUCUCCUUGAAAGGGGACUUGGGACUGCAAAAGGCGGUCCCCCUGAAAGAACGAUCUUGUCUGCAAAGGACUCUGUUCUACAAAAGAUGAACUCACUGGCAAAGGACUCUCCUCCUGCUAAACAACCUUCUCCUACGAAGGGUAUUCCAACUGCUAAGGAACCUUCUCCUACAAGGGGUCUUCCAUCCGCGACAGAUCCUUCUUCUACAAAAGACCUACUAGUGAAAAUAAAAAAUCCAGAAUUGAAUACUCAUCAGAGGUCAAUGAUUGGAGAGGGUCUACAGACACAGUCUGAAAACAGAGAAAGCUUUGGAAGAAUUUUAAUAAAUCCAAAUCCAACUAGGAGGCCUGAGUUCCCCGUUAUGAACUUUCCUGAGAUGGUGAUAACAGCAGGAUCUGAUGUGUGGGGAGGAUUUUCUAUGGAGAGACAAAUACGGAGAGAAGAUAUUGAAAAGGGUUUGCAGUUUAUUCAAUCUACCAUACCAUUCCAUGGAACUGAAGAUGAUUACAAGUGUUUCCUACAAAAGCUGGUUGAGGACUUGUUUACAGAGGGCAAUGACCUGUAUCGGGAAGGUGAAGUAAAACUGGCUCUGGGGCAGUAUACUGAAGGACUGACUGUGGUUGAGUAUGCUGCAUCUGAUGAACUUGUCCUUUCCCAAGAGCUGCUGUGCAGACUCUUUGUGAACCGAUCCUGUUGCUAUUUUACCAUGGAUAUCUUUGAGAAGUCACUGGAAGACAGUGAGAAAGCUUUGAGUCUAGACCGGGAGAACAUGAGAGCUUUGUACCGUAAAGCCAAAGCUUUGGACCAGCUUGGCAAGCACCAAGAAGCCUACGGUUGUAUCAGCCACAGGAUAUUGGCGCUAGUACAGGAUGAAAGUGUGACAGAACUGGCCCAGAAGCUUGUGCAAAAACUGGGUCUAAAGCAACGCAGAGCCUACAAAAGACCACAGGAGCUUGAGAAUUUUGGCCUGAUUACUAAUGGAGUCCCCGCAUCUGCAGGCUGUAAGACUUCCAAUGUCAUGGGAUCGGUAGAUGACAUUUAUACCGAUGUACCGAAUUCAAAAGCAUUCCCAUCUAGUCUGGGCAUCAACUAUCAAAAUGAUAACCUGGCAACUGCUGCAUGUCCGCCUUCAGUGACUCCUGCAACCAACAAUGUGAAUGAGUUUAAUGACUGUGAUGUUAUUGGGGAUGAGCUGGACUCUUUCCUGGAACUGGAGAUGGCCUCCAAACAGGUUCCCCAGCUAAUACCAGUAUUUCCCACUGGAAACACACUGCUUUCUAGCUUGGGUACAACAGGCCUACCUGCACCCUCCCCUCUACCUCCAGCUUCUUUUGGUUUGCUGGAUUCUCGAAAGCCUCCAGUAGUACCUUUAAAGCCUACGUUUACCCCUUGUUUGGAUGCACUGGACAGCUUUGAGCCUAUGCAGGAGACGCUGGACAGUCUGGACACCUUUGUUAAGGAUACCAAGCGUGUGGAGCCGAUAUUACUGAAGGGAAACCAGAAGCAAAAGCCUACAGCGAACAAUGUAAACCAUUAUUUUGUACAUAAGAUGGAUCCUGUACAGACCAGCCUUGCAGCAUUGCCACGCCUCUUGCCAAACCCCUUGGCACAAACCUAUGACUUCAAACAAGGCUGCCAACUCUGCUAUGCAAGGACAGGUCCCAAGGCUCUGGACUUCGCCUACAGAGAGAAAUUAGAGCACAAAUGCAAAAAAGACAUUUUAUUAGCACGAAUGAAGAACUCUGAAAACAAAGCGUGGCUAAAGAUUCGGCCACGGCCUAUGAAAGUCAAUUUUUCUGGUCCUUACAUGCUGUGCAAAGACAUCCAGAGUCGACAGGACUGCAAAUAUGGCGAUAACUGCACUUUCGCGUAUUAUCAGGAGGAGAUUGACGUGUGGAAUGAGGAGCGAAAGGGAGCCCUGCAUCGAGAUCAGCUUUUCCAGCUGCCAGGAUUGAUAAAGCCAGGAAAUGUUUCCCGAUUAUUGCAUGAGCAAAAGGGUAUCUUCACCUUUUUAUGCCAGGCUUGUUUUGACAGCAAACCACAGAUCAUCAGCAAAAGAAAUCCAGAGAACUUUGAUGUCUGCACAAACCCAAGUCAUCAGCACAGCUUCGCUGACCACAAGUGUCUUGUCCAUGUGCUAAACUCCAGCACAGUCAGAUAUUGCAAAAUUCGGCCAAAUCAUUCUCGCUUCCAGAUGGAUAUAUGCCGUCAUGAGGCCCGUUAUGGCUGUCAUCAGGAAGAUGCUUGCAAUUUUGCACAUAGCCAUGUUGAGUUGUGUGUUUGGAUGCUGCAAAGACAAUCAGAGUAUCUUCACAUGCAGCAGUUAAGGUUUGGGAAACAGUCUCCCAGCCUCUGUUAUCCCGGGGAGCAAGGCUGGCAUCUGACUCCCUCACCACUCGACCUCCCCACAGAACUUUCUGCUGAGGUUUCCCGCGCUUCCUCACUCCUGACAGGAAGCUGGGACACGCAACCUACCAUCAAACCACUGGAUAUGAAAAUGAAAUUUGUCUGCGGGCAGUGCUUGCGCAAUGGUCGAGAGAUUGAGGCUGACCGUGAUGAAAAGUAUUGCACUGCCAAAGCAAGACAUAGCUGGACAAAAGAUAAGCGAGUGUUGUUGGUGAUGUCAAAGACCAAAAAAAAAUGGGUCCCCACCAGACCCCUUCCAUCGAUUCGCUCUUUUCCUCAGCAGUAUGAGAUCUGCGUCCAUGUGCAAAAUGGCAAGAAAUGUCAGUAUAUUGGAAAUUGCACCUUUGCGCACAAUACUGAGGAAAAAGACAUCUGGACAUUUAUGAAGGAGAACAAAGUUCUGGAUCUACAGCUGCUGUUUGAUUUAUGUAAUAAGAACAACGCCCUGGCAGAGAAACCUGGAAAGACAGCAACCGCAUCUGGAGGCCAAAAAGAAGCUGAGAAACAGAUUGUCAUGCCAACAGAUUAUGCAGAUCUUAUGGCUGGUUUCCACUGCUAUCUCUGUGGCAAGAACAGCAACAGCGAGAGGCAAUGGCAGAAACACAUCCAGUCUGAGAAGCAUAAGGAUCGUGUGUUCACCUUGGAAAGUGAAGAUAGUUCUUGGAAAUACCGCUUUCCAGCUGGGGAAUUCAAGCUCUGUGAAAGGUAUGAGGAGACACAGAGUUGCCCGCAUGAAAACAACUGCCCCUUUGCUCAUGGAACAGAAGAACUGGCAGAAUGGCAUGAACGCAGAAAAGUGCUGCAGUACAAAGUUUCCAAAGCCCGUAAAGACAUGUUACUGGAGCCCAGCGACUCUGACUUUGGCAAAUACUCCUUCAUUAUGCAAGAUCUGGCAGAAGGAUCUGAGGAGAAAGCGACUGCAGAAUCACAGUAAAACCGAAAAGUAUUCAUAUCACCUGUAUAAGACAUGGGAAAUGGGAUUAAAUUGUAACGCUGGAUUACUACCAUCACACAAUGUAUCUGUAACUCUAGGCCAUCACUUCACUUCAUCCCAGUUCAUAUUUUGAGAAGUAAGUUUUCCCAAAGAACUUGGUGCAAUCAGAGUCUGCAGGACUGAAACUUUCUAUUUUAUGUAUUAAUAAUUAUGAUAUUUCCAACAAUGUUUGGUGCGGCAUCGCCAGAUAUUCCAGAUUUUGUUUCUCUGAAUGAGAAAUAAUUGUGUUCCUUCUACUCAAUGUAUUAUAUUUAGUUAUCACUUGGUAGCGAAACAGCUCAGUAACUUUAAAGGGGUUUUUGGGGCUUUUAAUAUUGACCUAUCCGUAGGAUGGGUCAUUGACAUCAGAUUGGCUGGGGUCGGACACCCGGCACCCCUGCCGAUCAGCUGUAUGAGAAUACUGCCAUCUCGUGUCUCUUUUUCUGCUUUCUGACUUAGAAGGCUACUUUCACACUUGCGUUCGGAGCGGUUCCGUCUGGUAUCUGCACAGACGGAUCCGCUCCUAUAAUGCAAACGAUGGGAUACGUUCAGAACUGAUCCAUCUGCAUUAUCUUUCAGAAA